UUUUAUUACAAGAUGGAAGAAAUAGAAACUUCUCGAGUAGAUUUUUUAGAGCAUAACCCUGAUUCACCUGCAUCAAUAUCUUCAAUUUACGAACAUGUGGCUCCUCAAAUGCGUUUCGAGGUGAGUAAAUUAGAAGAAAACCAAACUUCCCAAAAUUCAAAUAGAACUAUUCACCAAAAGGGGAUUUUCUCUCGUAAGAACAGUAAUGGAGAGAAUCAUAAGAAAAUUCCGUACAGAAAAAUAUUAGAAGGGCUAGCCGCCAGAAGGCUAGCGACCAAUAUGUUAAAGUAGGGACUUCCAGACCUCAGGUUUUGCCCAUCCCAGAAGUAUGGAGCACUUAACUAAAAGCUGUGAUAAAAGGAUUAGUUCUCUCGAAAACUAUUUUGAAAGGGAUUCAUAUGGACAGCAGAAUUAUCAGCGGCUUAAUUUUUACAAAUUUUCAUCACCACUAGAGUUGAGAAAUAAACCAAGCUCUGGAAUUCAGAGAACAAGGUCUUAUAGCAAAGUUGUUAAUAAGUUUUUAAGCAGUCGGAAUAAAUCUCUUGAUCAAGAUAAUAGAAAGCAACAUUCUCAAGCUGGGAAAACUCGUUUCAAGCCAAACAUUCAGAAUUAUGACUUGAGAUUCAAAUCGCAGGGAAUACAGCAUGAGGCUCCUCGUGGGAAUAAUUUACAGGAAUUCUUACAAAAAGAUUCGUCAUCUCAUACUCUUCCUAGAACAAGAGGCAAGAAUACUCAAUUGCAGAAAAUUCAGUUGGGAAGUCAUAAUAAUGACUAUGAUCCUGCUGAGGAUUCCCCGAUGAGGAAUGAACAUAUUAGGAAAUUGUACCUGAAUAGGAAGUCUAAGGUACAGAACCAGAGGAAGAUAAGCAGCUUCAGUACAAAUAGGAAGAGCCUUAAGCAAUUUCAGCAUAAGCAUAAUUCUAAUAACUAUUCCUUCGGCAACUUGGACAAGAAGCAAGUGAGAUUUGAGACCUUGAAGGUUCAGCAUAAGAAUUCCAUGCUGUUCAAGUCAAUGAGAGAAAAGUUUGGAUUAGUCUUCAGAAGACUUGUACCAAGUUCAUCUCCUCAGAGGGAUAAGAGCUCAUUUCAAAAUUUACAGAAGAAGACUAAUAAAAAACAAAUGAGAGUUUAUGUAUAAAAAUAGGGAAUGCUAUAGAAUUUUCAAU